AUGGCACAACUGCAUCAGCAGCAACUACACGACCAUACUUCUUACCAAAACUACUACAACCAGCAGCACGCGGCGGCCUACUCCCCCCACUCCGUAGGCAACGGCACCCCGUCGUCCGCCAUGUGCUCGCCUUUUGAGCGCGGCUGUUACACCACAAUGCAUACGAGAAACAUCAGCGGCGAGGUUGUUUUUUAUCGAGGACCUCGGAAUUUGCUAGACGAAAUGGUCAUGCCGAGCGCGAACUACAGCGCAGAGAAGAGGCUUUUGGACGAAGCCGCUGGGAACUACGUUGAGGAGGAAGAAGAGCAGGGACAAGAACUACCGAAGGAAGGUUCAUCCUCUGGUGAAGCGGAAAUGAACAAGAUGAAAGCGUCGAACAAGGAUGAUGCUGAGAUUCUUGAUGAAGAGGAAACAAUUACUGCAUCGGCCCCUGAUCAUGGUCAUCCCGCCCCAGAAGGUCAGAAUAAGGUCGCGGAAGAACAGCCAUUGGACGAUUUAAAUCUGCAGCGCACCGUUGCAAAAGGCAGCGAUGCAAGCUCGGAGAAAACCACGUCUACGAAGGCCGCUCAGGACCAAUGUGACCACGCCACUGUAUUGAACAAUGAUGUCUUGGUGGCCCAUGAGCAACAGCAGGUGGAACAAGC